UUAUAAAAAUAAAUAGAGGGCAAAAUUUAACAAUCCCUCAAAAAUAUAAAAAAGUUAUACAUAACGGUUUUAAAUUAUGUUAAUUACCAAAUAUUCCUCAAUACCAGUGAUAGUUUAUUUAUUUUCUUCUGUGAGUGGGUGUUUCAACUCCGGAUGGGACUUCCUGCUGGAAGAUUUGUUCGCUGACGUUUGCCCGCUGCUGGCCAGCACAACGACGAUUGUCAAAGAUCUACUCUUCUCUAAUGUUAUCGAAGACGACUGUCCUAUCACUAAAGAUUUAAUAUCGGACAGCAUGCGAUGUGGUCGUGAGUUGUCGCGGGCGGCGAGGAAAAGGGCUAACCAGCUCAUCAAAAAUGGCGUUAGUUUAGAGACCAGCUCGCCCGCCCUUCUCCACUUCUUCUCCUCCAAAUUACCGAAUGACGUUAAGAAGUCAGCAGAAGUGUCCCACGAAUUACUGGCCGCAACGAAGCUUAUGCAGAUGAAAUUGAGCACUGAAGUCACUCCAAACACGUUCAUUUCGUUCUUGGAGAAUCACUGCGUUCGUCCACAUGAGAUUUACUGUAAGCCUGUGAGUGUGAGCUGCAUCGGCUCCGGCAAGUACCGCAGCAUCGACGGCACUUGUAACAACGAGAAGCACCCGGCUUGGGGCCGCCGCGGAGCGCCUUUUACUCGCAUCACCGCUCCGAGAUACGCUGACGGAAUAUAUGCAAUGCCAAAAUCAAGAAGCAGCUGCCCGUUACCCAAUCCGAGGUUAUUGUCAACUGGAUUGUUCACCGAUCGUCCCGUCGCCAGCAACGUGCUCUCGUAUCUCUCUAUGCAGUGGGGACAAUUCAUCACUCACGACCUCGUGUUCCAAACUAUGGAAGUAACUGACGAAGGCGGCAUUCAGUGCUGUUUAGGAAACGGCCGGGACAUCCUCCCUCAGGACAUGUUGCACGACAAGUGCAUUCCCAUUUGCAUCCCUGAAGACGACCCAUUCUACAGCAAGCAGGGAGUGAAAUGCCUCAACUUUGUGAGAAGUGUAACCACGCCAAGGGACGAUUGCAGUUUGGGACAUGCAGAACAGAUGAAUACCGUAACAAGUUAUCUAGAUGGGUCACCUAUUUAUGGAUCCGACCCUAAAAUAGCAUCAAAGUUGAGAACUAGAUGCGGAGGUAGACUACGAGAAGACAAAAAGAAAAAAGGAAAGAGAGGGUUUCUUCCCUCCGUUGACGAUAAACUAGCAGUUUGCGAUUUGAGAAACAUUUCGGAACCCUGUUACUUGGCUGGUGAUACCAGAAUAAAUCAGACACCGACCCUAGCUGUGUUACACACGCUACUGCUGAGAGAACACAAUCGAGUCGCUGAUAUCUUGAGCAACCUCAACCCACUUUGGAACGAUGAGAAGCUCUACCAGGAAGCCAGGCGGAUCGUUAUUGCGGAAAUUCAGCAUAUUACUUAUCAGGAGUGGCUGCCUCUGAAUUUCGGAGAAGGCUACCUUCGCUAUUACAGGAUAUCCCCGACCUCCCUCUACAACAGAGACUACAACGAAGACGUGAAUCCUGGGGUGAUAAACGGUUUUGGGGCUGGAGCCUUCCGGUUCCUCCACACCAUCAUCCCGGAUUCCAUCAUGACGUGCCCCGCGUCUUACCAGUCCGCGUAUAUGUACAAGUUGAGCGACCACUACUUUAACCCAUAUCUGUUGGAGUCAUCAGCGGAGUCGUUUAACGAUAUACUCAGAGGUAUAGUGACCCAGCGGGCGGGGGAGGCGGACUCCCACUGUACAGGAGAAAUAACGAACAUGCUGUUCAAAUCUCAUAACAAAUGGGGGUUGGACCUCAUCGCUAUGGACAUACAGAGGGGAAGAGAUCACGGCAUUGGGUCUUACAAUGAUUUUAGAGAAACCUGUGGUUUGCGAAGAGCUAAGAGUUUCCAAGACUUAGCUGGUGAGAUCCCACAAGAUCGCAUUAACUUGCUAACAAAAUACUACGAGCACGUCGAUGACAUAGAUCUUUUCGUCGGAGGCUCUUUGGAGAGUGACAUCCAGGGUUCGAUUCUGGGACAGACCUUCCAGUGUAUAGUCGCAGAGCAGUUCUAUCGCACAAGGAUCGGAGACCGAUUCUUCUAUGACAACAGCGAAAUGCCACAUUCAUUUACACCAGAACAACUAAAAGAAAUUAAGAAGGCGUCUAUGGCACGGCUAAUUUGUGACAACAGUGACGUCAGAUAUGUUCAGAGGAGGGCGUUUGAGCUGGAGACGAAAUACAACCCCAAAUACAGCUGCGAGGACUACGACGCCAUACCAUAUGUCGACUUGACCGCGUGGAAGAGACCCAAAUACGAAUUAUACGACUGAGAAUAAUUAUAUAGUCCGGUCGCGGAGCACGGAGAAAUUCGUACAUCGAACGUAUAUUAAGUAUGUUUUACUGGCACACGAAUGUACUGGGUGCUAAAAGCUAUUACGUACCCUCAGAUAAAAGAAGGGUGCUCACCUUGAAUCUACAGCAUGACUGGUGAGACAUGUUCAAUACUCGAGGACGUGAUAUUCGG